CAAACACCCCCAAUUUCGGUCACUCACGAACACUACUCACCGAGAAAAAAUGGGUAUCGAUUUUCAAUCAAAACCCACAUUCCCAAUACCAAUAGUAGGGUCCAUCCUCUUCUUGUUGAUCUUCUCCGCAAUCACAUCAGCCUCUCGAGAAAACACGACAACCUUAACUGCAUAUGAUGUCCUCCAACAAUACGACUUCCCAGUUGGGCUUCUUCCCAAAGGCGUGGUUGGGUACGAAUUGGAUAGCUCCACUGGCAAAUUCAAAGCGUAUCUAGAAGAUGCUUGCACGUUUUCAAUCGAAUCUUACGAGUUGAAAUACAAGUCCACUAUAACGGGUGUCAUCAGGAAGGACAAGAUCUCCAACUUAGAAGGAAUCGAAGUGAAGGUGUUCUUUCUGUGGCUAAACAUUGUGACGGUCACUCGCGACGAGGGUGAGCUUCAAUUCUCCGUUGGGAUCGCUUCUGCGGAUUUCGCGGUUAGUAACUUCUAUGAGAGCCCCACUUGUGGUUGUGGCUUUGACUGUUUUAAUGAUUUUGUGCAAUCUUCUUAAUCAGCCGUGUUAAACCUGCUUCAUUAGGUGAUGCUAAUUAGAGCCGUAACAACAAAAAGUAAGAUUGUUAGGGUUAUGAUUUAAUAAUCUACUCGUUCUUGUAUUAAUAAGAUUUUUUUGGCCAUUAUGUUAGUGGUGUCUUUUAAGUUUUAAUUGCCAGGAUAUAAUCGAACCUACUCUUGGUUGUUGUAUGGUUUGUAAUGUUCUGCAAUUUUGUUGUCCCCCCCGGCAA